AUGUCUCCUCCUCCUCCUCCUUCGGAUUCGUCUGUAUUAAACGCGGAGGCGAAACUGUUCGUUCCUGGCGUCGGGAUGGUCACGCCGCCUCCGAAAGAGAAGAAGAAGAAAGUUGGUAAAGUCGAGGAAAAGGGAGGAGAAGAAAUUUCCCCGUUGAAUUGGGAGUUGAACGCGCGAAACGAGCGACUUCAAUCGCCGUUUACGACGCCGCCGGUUUCGACGAUUUCGACGAGCGCUGGUGGCGAAAAAGAAGCGACGAGGGGAGGAGGCAUGACAACAAAAGCGAUCGCGUUUACGCCGGCGACGGUGAAAGAACGAAAGGACGAUCCGUUCGAUAAGGAGAUUUACUUGCAAAAAGCGGUGACUUUAGUCAAAGAGGAGUUUACUAAAGCUGCUGCUUCCUUGUUGCACGAAAAGGAGGAAACGACGACGACUCGGACGACGGAAAUGGCACUCCACGUGGAAGUGGUUCCGGCGGCGUCCUCGGAGGACGAAGAACCGACCCCGAGGGAAAGCAAAAUGCUUUCGAAACCGCUUUUAUUUAACGAACGACAACACAACGGCGACGACGACGAAUGCGGAGGAACUACGAGUGGCGGUGUUCUCGUGGUGAAGGAAUACGGGACGCAUCAACCGCAAAAUGUGGAGACUUUGUUUCCGGAGGAGUCGCGCGUUCCGCUUUUAGCGGUUUCGGCGGAGAAGAAAAGAGAAGAGCAAUACGGCGCGAACGAGGAGGACAUUCCGGACGAGUUGUUAUGGACGAAAGAAACGUUAGCGCCGCUGUUAGGGGGUGGUUUGAAUAGCAUUAAGACAGUAAAUACACGAACAGGAGAAGACGAUAAGGAGGAGGAGUUAGCUACGAGCGUAAAAUUGACGUUUACCAACUACGGCGCCGACGACGAGAACGUAGUCGCCGAUUGGGGCGACGCGAAAGUGCCUCUGUUGUCCGCAUCGGCUGGGAAUACGCCGAGGUAUCUAGACGGGGGUGGAGGGCUGUUGUCUCGGCAAGGCCCGUUUUCGUAUGGGACCGCCGCGACUGAUGAAGUCGAAGAACGCGUCGCGACUUCUUCCUCGUCGGGAGGCUACUCGUCGGGGUCGGAGUCGGAGUCUUCAUCGGGCGAUGAUGAUGAGGAGGAAGAAGAUGAUGACGGCAAAGAGAAUCGACAGCAUUCGGCAAAGUUAUUGUUGGAGCAGUUCCUCAUGAGCGAAAAAAAACAAAAGAAACAUCCUAUUGGUAUGGGUUAUAAGCAGAACAAAACAAAUGACAUAUCAUCAACGAGAGCGAGAGAAACGACGGCGCAUUCCAUUCAGUUCAAACCGCUUCUCAAAACGCCUCCGCGACUGAAGAAAGUCGCUCAUCAUCUACACGAACAACCGCCGCAACAAAGAUCACAAACGACGCAGACUGAAAGAGAAUCGAGAAGACGAAGCACUUCAUCACCAUACACACUGCUCACGACACACACCGCCGAACUACGAAGAAAUGCCUUGCGAGAUGAUCUGUGUUGCGUAUUCCACGCCGUUCUCGUCUCGCGACCGGAGAUUUUAGAGAAGCAUUUGGCGCUUUCCUCGGCAUCACCGUCGUCUUCUUUGCGAAAUCGGGUCGCGUCUCUCGAACCGAGGAGAUCAACCAGACGUCGUCUCGACCGAUUUGAAGCGAACGUGGAAAGUUUUAUGGUGUUCGCGUUGGGCGAAGAGGAUGAUAAAGGGCACCAGCAGCUUGUAUCGUUUGACGCGUUCGCUCGCGCGAUGCGAGUCGCGGCGACAGCGGCGGCGAGAAUGACCACGCUUGAAGGCGUUCGCGAUGCGGUGAACAUUUUGAGUGACUUUGAGUCGUUGUUCACUCAAGAUUGCGUGUACUCUUCCACAGUUCGCGAAUGUUUAACUUCUGCCACAAAUACGGAUCAGAUGUAUCGCCACAGAUGUUCGCGACGACUCCGAGCGUACAAAUCCAUCGUCUCCAUCUUGAACAAAAUCAAACGGUACGACCAGAUGCGCGCUCAAGAAUCCAACAUCACCGUCGACCGCGUCUGUUUACUCUUGGCCGCCAUAGACAGCACGGACACCGAAUCCGAAUCGCAAGAAGAAUAUUCUACGACAACGACGUCGCGGGACGGGGAAAAUGACGCCGACGCUCGAUACGUCUAUCACCUCGUCUCUUCCGCGAAGCGCAAACUUUCAGCCGAAGUCGAGAGCGGCAAUACUUACCAACGCGUCCAAGAGAAUAACGGAUACAACAAAAUUAGUAGCAGUAUACACAAUAGCAAUAGUAGCAUACAAAGCAUGUCUCUCUCUGAAGUCAUCGCGCGACGAAGACAGAUGGUCGACGCGUGGUUCGAGACGCAACGGUUUUAA